GGUCUUUUCAGAUACCGCCUGUCACCGCAGAAUUCUUGAUCUAAAGGUCAAGUGUAGCCAUGCUAGAUGUCCAUGGACAGGAGAACUGCGAGCUGUAGAGAUCAAGUGUAGCCAUGCUAGAUGUCCAUGGACAGGAGAACUGCGAGCUGUAGAGAUCCAUAAACAAGAAUGCCUGUUCAAGGUAAUGAUGUGUCCAAAUGCAGGAUGCGGUGAGAGUUUCACCAGGCGAGACAUGAAUAGUCACAGGGAAUUUAACUGUUCUUGGAGGAAAGUUAAUUGUAAAUUUUGUAAAGAAUCAUACAUCUUGAGAAACAAGCAGAAACAUUAUAAUGUCUGCCAAAAGUUUCCGGUUCUAUGUACGAACAAAUGUGGUCGGAGAGGUAUUCCACGGGAAAAGUUGCAAGCUCAUAUUCGUGAUGACUGCCCUGUAACGAGGGUUCAUUGUGAAUACAAGAACAUAGGAUGCCAAGAAGUGGUAUGA